UUACGGGGUUGAAGUGCAAAAGCUCCUCCGAUCUCCUCACCUCCGACGAACACCCCACCUCGUUCUCUUCCUCUUCCUCCUCCUCCUCUAAACCCUUCAUGAACUCCUCCACGACCAUCGUCUCCGCCGCUCACGACCGUGGCCGCCAUUGUCGACACCUUCACUGGCGACUACUCCCACACCGCCCUCGACAAUGGAGUUAAGCUAAUUAACUAUGGAGAUGGGAAUGAUUUGCAACUCCGCCACUCCGCCGAGCGACCAAGAGGAGAUGGACUUGAGAAGAGGGCCUUGGACUGUUGAGGAAGAUCUUAUUCUUGUUAACUACAUCACUGCUCACGGCGAGGGCCGCUGGAACUCGCUCGCCCGCUGCGCAGGUCUUAAGAGAACGGGGAAGAGCUGUAGGCUGAGGUGGCUGAACUACCUACGCCCGGACGUCCGACGCGGCAACAUCACUCCCGAGGAGCAGCUCCUCAUCCUCGAGCUCCACUCUCGCUGGGGCAACCGGUGGUCUAAGAUAGCGCAGCACUUGCCCGGACGGACCGAUAACGAGAUAAAGAAUUACUGGAGGACCAGAGUGCAGAAGCACGCGAAGCAGCUUCGCUGCGACGUCAACAGCAAGCAGUUUAAGGACUUAAUGCGAUACCUAUGGAUGCCUCGCCUUGUGGAGCGGAUCCGGGCAGCUUCGGGCAAUGGGGAGGUGGAUCACGUGUACCAAAAUAUUGCUCCUUCUAUGAUGGCCGUCGAUCAGAUGAUUGACGGUAACUAUGAUGAUCAGAAUACCGGGCAGGCGAAGCCCUGCCCGGAGGAUUCGAGCACCGCCGGAUCAUCAUCGGUGGAGUCGGCCGGGAUGCAUUUCUCGUCACCGCCGGUGUCUUCUGCUUGUUUCACCGAUUACUAUGCCGGCGCUCCGGGAGGUGAGGAUAAGAGCGGUGACGGGAUCCACACGGCACAAUUUGACGGGAACUGGACGGAAUCACUACCGAGCCCGGGAGGUUAUUCUCACCUGGGGUUACCGGACUUCGAUUUCGGAGGAUGGGGGGAGAAUUUGUGGAGUGUGGAUGACAUUUGGUUGCAACAACAAUAUUAGAAAAUUAAUAAUCAGAAGGGUGAAAAUUGAUUUUAGAAAAAAAAAAAAAAGGAUUGUAAAUUAAGGAUUAAAGCUAGAAAAGCAUAGUGAGCGAAGAUAAAAUCAAGCAAGAGAAACUAGAAGGGAGAGAGAAAAAGUUGGAAAAUUUCCAAUACUUUUCUCGUCGAAUUUUCAUUUCUUGUUUCAUUCUUUUGGUAAAUUUGUACUGAGGUGAAAUUAAUAUUGUAAUCUUAUGUUUCUGGAGCUGUAAUAAGUAUAAUCAUGAGUUGUUUAA